GCCGCCUGGAUGCUGAUGAGUCAGCGUCGAUUUGAAACUUGGGCUGUCUUUGCGAUGCAAAUUUUGUGGGACACACAAAGGGAAUUGGGUCCCAUGUUGCAGAUUGGAAGUCAGUUACUCGGAAAGACCGCCCGUGAGCUUAUAGAGAGCUACCAGGUCUAUCUCAAUACGGAGGGACUUGACAAGGUUGGCGGAUUACACAAAAUGUUUCGCAGCGAUAUGGAAGCCCGAAGGAAUCACAUCGUGGCCGUGGCACUAGAUGUCGAGUUUCAGCCUGUUACGGACCAGAGGGAAGAGAAAGUCCCUUGGAAAGUUCUCGAGCUUCAAGGAUUCUCCCUUCUGCAGUGUCAUCCGGCACUCUGUGGAUUAAUUCUCGCCGAUAUCCGAGACGAGCAUCACAGAACCUCUUUCGACAUGGCCGGUGACCAGUGCCAGAUCCUAGUGGCUGCGCAUCUUUAUAAUGCCGCCCAUCAAUCCGAGUUUCUUUCCAAAGAUGUCCAGUGGGCUGACAUGGAUUGGUUCAUCGAGCAGCAAGGCAGUGACUGGAUAUUUGUGGGCGCGAGGCCGCAGCAAGGUAUCGAGAUCGCUCGUCGCCUGGGCCUUGCUAGGGGCUUGGGGAUCACUAGGUAUGCUAAGGACUACAAGUAUCCAAAGUCUGGUCUGGGUAGUGAAGGAAUUCACUGUGUUCGAGGCAAGAAUCGGCGUCUCGAUUACCUCGCCAGGCUCUCACAGCUUAGCUACGAGCGACAAGGAAAUCCUUACAAGAAGAUAUCCGGGUCAAGCAGAGCGAAGGAGGACAUCCUAGUCAUGCUAGACGCGCUCAUUAAGGACUAUCUAGGGCCUGAGGGUGCUUCCACAAAGCUCUCACCCCUCGAUACCCUUUGCACAUUCAAGGAUGCUGUUCAGAUGGACGAGUUCGCUCUCAACUUCGAUGUUAUGGAAUUCUAUCUGCGUUGCAUGGAGUUGCUCAGAAAGAUUCAAGACCACUGUCUCACGCAUGCACCUCUCGAUUACCCGGAAGAAAUGUUCGACAAAGGCAUCGGAAUGAACACAGUGACUGCCGAGCUUCUGCACGACUUGAGCGGCAGGCCACGAUUCCAUGGCAUUAUGUUUCCACACGCCGUAACAAUGCUCCGAAACGUCAUCGUGGAGGAGGGUAGCGCGGUUCUCACCAAAGCUAGAGCCCGGCAGCACCAGAAGAAGCUCCAGCACACCGAGACUGGGAAUGAGGUCGAGCCUAGUUUCGAAAACCCUCCUGAGGACGACUUGCCGGUAAAGUUGCGUAGCCAGUGUGGCUUCAUGGUCUUCCAAGAUGAGAACGGGGACUGCCGUAUGCUAUUCGAUUCUCGUUGAAGGUCGAGUAAUGUAGGUGUUGGGAUAAAUUUCGGCUGCAAGCAGGUGAAGGAUGUUGAGCUGCUACAGUCCUUGAGAGAUGUUCCAAUUCAGAAGCUAGUUAAUGCUGCCGUGCAAUAUUCCAUCGCGCAUGGCCCACCAGUGGGAACCCUCACUUUCAUUACUCCCAUUGAUGAUGACAUGUUUCACAGGCCGC